CAUUGAAAACUAUCGAGGGGCGCCACUAUCGAUAUCGAUGGUUUGACACGCUGGGUCGGAAAUAUUUGAGAUAAACAAGAAAAAGAAAGACCAGCUCAGACUCCUCCUCGUAGUGCCCAAUUCCGUAUUAAAAGUGUAUGCAAUGGUUGACCUCACAGACGCCGGCUCUCCGUUCCAGCAAUCCAUUCCGAAUCUCGCCUUCUAUGUGCCGGCUGUUGUUGUGUUUACUCUAGCAGACGCGAACCGUUAAGCCAAGCCCCCAGCUCCACCCACAGCCACAGCAAAGAGUGUAGUGAAGCGAGCCCAUUAGCCGCAACAAGUGACUUUAAGCAAAGAAUGGCAGAGGAUCCACUGAAUCAGCAGGCAUUCGCCCAGGAUGUGGAGGCCGCGGCGGCAGCCGGUGGCCCCAACGGCUUCGCCGGCGCAGAACCAGGUCAUCCCGACUUCAAAAUGCCCAGUGCCGAUGAGAUCUGGAAGCUCGUCGAGAGCAUGGACGGCAUAUCGGAUGCAGAGCGCGAAGAGCUGCGCGAGAGCAUAUUCAACCCAAAGCCGCCAUCGCCGGAGGACUUUAUGCGCCAGUACGGACAGCCGGGCCACAGCUCUAGGGAAUAUAUGAUAUUCUUCGUGAUGUUGACCCUGAUUCUGUUCGUCUUUGCUCUCUUUGGCUACAAGCUGUACAAGUCGCUGACGGAAAAGGAGCUCAAGAAGCAGGAGAAGUUGAAGAGCAAGCAGCAGAAGAAGGCAAAGAAGUCAAACUAACCCCCUGGCCGCCCGGAAAUGCUGACAAACAUAUAGAUUCUCCCGGAAAUGUAUCCUUUUCCAUCUGUUAAUCAAUAUAAAGGCCUAAAGGCCCAAAGGCCCUGUAAAUGACAAAAAUUAUCGCGUACCAGUAAACGUAAUAAAUUAAUUAUACCACACAAUUUA